AUGAUAACUGCGGAUCAAAUCCUCUCAGGCAUUCUCCUCUCCUUCCUUGCCAUUCCUCUCCUUCUCCUCCAGUCCCUGGGACGGAAGCCGAAGCUCAACUUGCCCCCAGGCCCCCCUGGGCUACCUUUCAUCGGCAACCUCCAUCAGCUCGGAAAGAUCCCCCACCGCUCCCUCCUCCGCCUGGCCGAUAAUUAUGGGCCUCUCAUGUACCUGAAGCUCGGCAGCGUCCCAACUGUCGUCGUCUCCAACGCCGAUAUGGCGGAGGAAAUCCAUAAGUCGCACGAUUCGGUCUUCUGCAGCAGGCCCAUCCGCGCCGUCACCAACCGUCUCUCGUACGGGGGCCACGGCGUUACCUUCGCCUCCUAUGGCGAGGGCUGGCGCCAGCUCCGCAAGAUCAGUGUGGCCGAGCUGUACACCACGAAGCGGAUCCAAUACUUGAGGGCCAUCCGAGAGGAAGAGGUUCGCGUUCUCAUCAAGACCAUCGCCGAGAUCUCGGCCGCGGAUCAGAUGCCCAACGUUAGCGAUAUGGCCCGCUGCCUCUUGAACAAUAUUAUCUGCCGGCAAGCUUUCGGCAGGCGCUGUUCGAAUGACGGCGAGUGCCGUAGGAACAAGUUCCACGACCAGCUGUGGGAGUCUUCCAAACUCUUGGGCGCGUUCUGUCCCUCAGACUUUUUCCCCUCAAUGGGAUUUCUCGACCGGCUCACCGGCUUCCACGGUCAUCUCGAGAAGGCUUUCAAUUUUUUCGACAACCUUCUCGAGGAAGAGAUCGAGGACCACCUGAAGUGCGACAACGAAGAUGACAGAGACUUCAUGGGCGUCCUCCUCCGCCUCCAGAAAGAUACCUCCCUCGGGUUUAGCCUUACCCGAGAACAAAUCAAGACUGUCCUCUUGGUAUGCUAGUUUUUACCAUUAAAGAAUCCAAAUCUUAUAUAGAUACUAAUUCGCUCCGUCGGUUGCGCUUACUGAUUCUUUGUCUCGUUUUGCAGGAGAUCUUCUUGGGUGGGUCAGACUCUACGGCUUCGGUCAUUGAGUUCGGAAUGCUGGAGCUGGCUUUGAACCCGCGGGUAAUGAACAAGGCGCAGGAGGAAGUACGGAGAAUUGUGGGGGGGGAGCACAUGGUGGGUGAGAGCGACCUUCAAAAACUCACCUACCUCAAACUCGUGGUGAAGGAGAUUCUCCGCCACCGCCCUCCAGGCCCGAUUCCGUCUCCCCAUGAGAGCAUGAAGGACGUAAAUGUUCGCGGCUAUGAUAUCCCCGCCAAGACGAGGGUGAUCACCAACAUAUGGGCUAUUAUGAGGGAUCCCCAGUUCUGGAAGGACCCGGAGGUCUUCUGGCCGGAACGCUUUGAGGACAACGAUCUCCAGUACAAGGGGCAGGAUUUCCAGUACAUACCCUUCUCGACCGGCCGGAGAAUCUGCCCUGGAAUGAACCUGGCAGUGACAGGCGUGGAACUCACCCUCGCAAACCUACUGCACUGCUUCAACUGGGAGCUCCCCGACGGCAUGAAGCCUGAGGAUGUCGACUUGAGCGAGACUGUCAGGUUCCUUUUCCAGCUUAAAACCCCUCUCCAGCUGAAGGCAACGCCCGCUUUCUAG